GCCAUUCGAGAUCAUUCCUGCGACCCUUUGACCCAACUCCCAGUGUUUCACCCUGGACGAAGGGAUCUGCCUCUGGGGAAGAAGGUGCUGCGCUGUCCUGGAGGAGGUGGAGAGGGGCUCGUCGGUGUGCUGCUCCCCGUCUGUCAGUGCACGCGCUCUGUGAUCAGUGCCACCAGGCCUGAGGACCCGAGGGCCAGCCGCACCGAGAGAGGAGGCAGAGGACUUCAGAGCCACAGACUCUGGGAUCCUGGCCAUGAGGUUUGAUGCCUCGAUCCACUGACCGGAAACACUGGACCUAAAUGGCGCAGCAUGACUUUGUCCCUGCCUGGCUUAACUUCUCCACGCCCCAGCCUGCCAAGUCCCCUGCUGCCAACCUUGAGAAACAAGGUGAGCCCCACAACCACAGAGACGGCAGAACUGCUGUGAGCCGCCGCCGCCACAACUCCUCUGAUGGCUUCUUUAACAACGGCUCCCUGCGCGCUCCAGCAGGUGACGGAUGGCAGCAGCCCUCUCUGCUUCUGAGGCAUGACUCAGUGGACUCGGGGGUGGCCAAAGGAGGGCAUGGCGGGCUGGCAGGGGGCUCCUGUUGGAAGGAAACACCCAGCUGGCACGGAGCGCCGCGGGGUGCCCAGGACGGCCACCACCACCAGGGACGCCACCCCAAGCGGGUAGGGGUCGACAGGGACAGGCAGGCGGGGCACCGGCAGCGCAACGGCAACUUUCAUCCCCGCAAGGGCACCUCGUACCAGGACAAGUUCCCCAAAGAGGAACGUAAAGACGGCAAGGACGACAAGCUGAAGUUCGUGGAAGAGGACUUUCCUUCCCUCAACCCUGAAACAACUGGAAAGCCUGGGACUCAGAUGCGAGCGGUGGCUCCCCACGCUGGAGUGUGGGAAAACCCUCCUAGUGGCAAACAGAUGGUGUCCAAAAUGCUGGUUAUCAAGAAGGUUUCCAAGGAGGACCCCAGCACGGCCUUCUCCGCGGGGUUCGCCACUGCUGGCGCCUUGCCCACCAACGGCAGCAAAGCUCCCAUUGCGGGCUCCAGCAUCUACAAGAACCUGGUCCCAAAGCCUGCUGUGGCCCCAACCAAAAGCACCCAGUGGAAAUCCGGUGGUAGAGAGAUCACUAAGUCCGGCCUUCACAUGCCAGGCCGAGAUUCAGUCUUCACCAGCCCCGUCUCUGCAGCCAAACCCAGCACCCCAGUCAGUGCACCACAGCACAACACCCCGAAAGAGCACCCUUCCAGCACGACUCCUCCCAUAGACAUUGCCCCGUCAAGGCUGAAGUUGAUGCGGCGCGGUCCGGACCGUAAGAGCGAGUUCCUGCGAGCUCUGAAGGACGAGGGCACUGGGGAGCUGACGACGAGCAGCAGCCCCGGAACAUCAGGAGAGGGUGAAAGCAGCACCCCAGAGCCCAAAGCUUACAGCGAGGAAGUCUGCCACGAGAACGGUCUGUCCUACUCCCUCAGUGACUCAGACACAGAACACCUGUCCAGCUCCCUGGAGGCAGAGCACAGGUUGCUGAAGGCCAUGGGCUGGCAGGAGUACCCAGAAAACGAUGACAACUUCCUGCCUCUGACUGAGGACGAGCUGAAAGAGUUCCAGACUAAAACUGAACAGCUGAAGAGGAACGGCAUGCAGAGGAACGGGGCUCUCCCGAGGGCGCGGGGUGUCACCCUCCACUUCACCCCCUGGAGGAGUGUGGCGGAGGCGAACGUCGAGGAGGGCUCCGAGUCCGAAACCAGUAGCAGCAGCCAGACCUCUGACGACGACGACUGCAUCAAAUCCUAACGUGGCUUUACGGAACAAAAAACAACAAACAACAACAACAACACAAACAGCCAACACAACAUCCCAGCAAGCAAUCCCCUUCUUCCUCUCUCAUCUUUGUUUUUAGAGCACCAUUUUGAAUUUCUUUUUGUUUUGAUUUUUUUUUUUUGUUGUCAUUCUUGCACAAGGGAAAAACCAAUCAUAUCCCAGUGAAGGGGGAGAUUCCUGCUCCGCCAGACGUCGUUUUCCCUGCGUUUCCUCCUUCACUGCAGUCCCUGCCCUCUUUGACCCCUCCCCCCUCCCCUUCUUCCUUCUUCUUCUUCCUCGCUUUGUGGAACUGACGUGUUCAUCAAGAAAAGAAGGGCAAUGAAUGCACACUUGAUUCUGCUUUAAACAGACUAACUCAUUUCAUUGAUGAUGCUGAUGACACAUUAUUAAUGAUAUUAAUAAAAAUUGGUUCCUGACAAGCUGAUAUGUUUCAAUAUGAA